CACCAUCCCGGAAGCCUCGCGUUACUCCAACGCCUCGCGCGGUUGCCCGAGCGGCCGUAGGUUAGGGGCGGGGAGCACGGAGGCCGGGAAGGCGGUUCGCGGAGCUCGCAGAAGCCCGGGGUCGCCCGCGACCUGGCGUUCCUGUUGCGCACCCCUUUCCUUCCCUGCUUCGGGUCUGGGGUCCUGGCUGCACCCUCCACUAGGCCGGUUGGCACAACGCGGCACGCACCAUGGCAGAAAACCGAGAGCACCGUGGGGCCGUCGAGGCUGAGCUGGAUCCAGUGGAGUACACCCUUCGGAAGCGACUGCCCCACCGCCUGCCCCGGAGGCCCAAUGACAUCUAUGUCAACAUGAAGACUGACUUUAAGGCCCAGCUGGUCCGCUGCCAGAAGCUGCUGGACGGUGGGGCGCGGGGUCAGAACGCAUGCACUGAGAUCUACAUUCAUGGCUUGGGCCUGGCCAUCAAUCGUGCAAUCAACAUUGCGCUGCAGCUGCAGGCGGGCAGCUUCGGGUCCUUGCAGGUGGCCGCCAAUACCUCCACGGUGGAGCUUGUUGAUGACCUGGAACCAGAGACUGAUGCACGAGAGCCGCUGACCCGCAUCAGAAACAACUCGGCCAUCCACAUCCGAGUUUUCAGGGUCACACCGAAGUAAUUAAAAUGAGUCUGGCUCACUUUGUCCAGCCACCCUCAGCUAGGCUCAGGUAUGACGCUCCUUGUACUGAGUACUGUCAUGGACCUCCUGCCAGAGUCAGGAAAAGCCUGUCUUCUCAUAGCCCAAGGGAUUCUGAAUUGAGACGGGGAGAGUGUCUCCUGGGCCCAAGCAAUAGGCCUUCCUGAAUCUUUGUGAUCUGUAACCCACCAUUGUCCCAGGCAAUAAAAAGUACCGAGUUGUGUUAGUGUCCAUCCA